UGAAAUUCUUCUAGCAACGGAGAAAAAAGAUCCUAUCUUUUUUUUUUUUCUCAUUUGGUCUUGAAAUUUCUCUGUUUUCAGUAAAAUUUAGUCAGUGUUUAAGUUUGUUACUUCUUGAGAGAAAAAAAAAAAUCAAUUUCCAUGGACUACGGAGAAAUGAAAGAAAUGGGUUGGUGGUGGAUCUGUUUCCUAGUUUUGUUUUUCUUUUUUUGUUUUUUUUCCCUUUCUGGGCAAAGAAUUGAUAUUAUCGAUUGUGUCAAUUACAAUUUAUAAUGUGAAUUUGAAAGUUUUGUUUUGGUUUCAUCCUAAAAAUGUACUCUCAUUUUGGAAUUGGCAGUCUCUUGGUGUAUAUGCUUAUUCAUGAUAGACUUUGGUGUUUAUUUCUAGAAAUGAAAUUGGUGCACAAUUUCUUUUUUACUCUUUAUUGUACAUGUCUUUUUGUGUAUGUGUUUUUUAAACCUGGAUUCUUAUUGUCUGUGGAUAGUAAUUGGUUCUCUUGGGAUGAGUUGGUGUUUUAAGGAACUAAAAUUUUUUCAAGCUCUUAUAUGAUCUGGUUUAGUAUACUGAGAAUUUAUUUUUGUUUUUGGAGUUGGCUUUCAUGGUUGCUUUUGAUAAUGAGGUUGCUUUCUAGCCUUGACUGCCAUGAUAGAUACAGUUUUUUUUUGUGUAAUAUAAAAUAAUGUGAAAUAUGGUGUAGUUAUUCUUUAAUUCAAAAAUUGCAAAAAGAAACAAGAACAAAAGAGAAAAAAAUAAAAUAAAGAAGCUAUAUGAUGCGGAAAGGAAUUUUAAGAGGAAAGAAGAGAAUGAUACAAUGUUUAUGUUUGUGUGUAUGUUGUAGGAGGCUACGGGAAAGUGCCCAUGAGUUUUUGUAUGAUCCCAUUUGUAUGAAAUAGAUUGGAUAAGAAUGUGUUGGUAGAUCGCAAGUGACUCAUCUGGAAAUCUUGGUAAAUGAUCUUGGAGCUGCCACUUUUAUUUUGAUCUAGUUCUGUUGUUUCUGUAAAGAUCAUUUAGCUGAUUUUUCAGAGAGCAUCCUAGAGCCGCCAUGAAAACUGAAGCUCACUGAUUGUUUGCUGCAUUAUUGCAGUUAGAUUGUAAGUUAAGUUCUGAGAAUAUUCCUGCUAGAAAAAAUUGCUCCUUGUUGCUAAAGCAGCACCGGGCAAACUGAUCGUGUUCAAUGCAAUCAUCACAACAAUACAGAAGUAGAUGCAUGUCUAGCAAAUUGUACAAUCAGCCAAUGCAGGAAUUUGAGGCCUACUGCAUGCCUCAGUUCCAAACUUUGGACCACCAGCUACGCUACAAUGGCAGCAGCCAAAGAACACAUUUAUCCAUUCCAAAUGCUCGUGAUCAGUACUGCACCUUGGAGUCAUCUUCAGCAAAUGGCAGUUAUCCUAUUUACAACUCUCCAUCAACCGUCAGUCUCUCACCCAAUGGAAGUCCUGUGUCACAGCAAGAGUCUCAGUCAUACCCACCUGAUCUACACCAUUCUCCUGACAAUAACUAUGGCUCUCCAAUAAGUGGUUCAUGCAUAACAGAUGAUGUCAAUGACUUUCGGAGCAAGUUGAGAGAAUUAGAAACUGAUUUGUUGGGUCCUGAUUAUGGAUUUAUGGAGAGCAUUGAGAGCAAUUUUCAGAAUGGGUCAAGCAUCAAGUCGCCAGAGAUGGAUAUUUGGAGACAAAUGAUGGAGGCAAUUUCUAGAGGAGACCUAAAACAUGUUCUUAUUGCUUGUGCAAAAGCAGUGUCAGAUAACGAUCUGUUAAUGGCACAAUGGUUGAUGGAUGAAUUGCGACAGAUAGUGUCGGUUUCUGGUGAACCAAUUCAAAGAUUGGGUGCAUACAUGUUGGAAGGGCUAGUUGCCCGACUUGCCUCCUCAGGGAGCUCCAUUUACAAAUCUUUGAGAUGCAAAGAACCAGCCAGUGCUGAUCUGCUAUCUUACAUGCACAUUCUUUAUGAGGUCUGUCCCUAUUUCAAAUUUGGAUACAUGUCUGCAAAUGGUGCCAUUGCAGAAGCCAUGAAGGAUGAAAACAAGGUGCACAUCAUUGAUUUCCAAAUUGGUCAGGGGAGUCAAUGGGUUACUUUAAUCCAGGCAUUCGCUGCCAGACCUGGUGGGCCACCCCGCAUUCGUAUUACAGGCAUUGAUGACUCUACAUCUGCAUAUGCCCGUGGAGGAGGACCAAAUAUUGUGGGGAAGAGGCUAGCAAAGCUUGCUGAAUCAGUUAAGGUGCCAUUUGAGUUUCAUGCUGCUGCCAUGCCAAAUUCUGAAGUUCAUAUAAAGAACCUCGGUGUUGAGCCUGGGGAGGCUCUAGCCGUGAAUUUUGCAUUUAUGCUCCACCACUUGCCUGAUGAAAGUGUCAGCACUCAGAACCAUCGGGACAGGCUGCUGAGGCUGGUUAAGAGCCUGUCUCCAAAGGUGGUAACCCUUGUUGAGCAGGAAUCAAACACGAAUACAGCUGCAUUCUUCCCUCGGUUCCUAGAGACACUAAAUUAUUAUACAGCAAUGUUUGAAUCAAUUGAUGUAACUCUCUCAAGAGAGCAUAAGGAGCGGAUCAACGUCGAGCAGCAUUGCCUGGCAAGGGAUGUUGUUAACAUAAUAGCAUGUGAGGGGACUGAGAGGGUGGAGAGACAUGAACUUCUUGGGAAAUGGAGGUCACGGUUCAGAAUGGCAGGGUUCACACCAUACCCUUUAAGUUCCUUGGUAAAUUCCACUAUCAAAAUUCUGCUAGAGAACUAUUGCUAUAAGUAUAGACUCGAAGAGAGAGAUGGAGCUCUAUAUCUUGGUUGGAUGAACAGAGAUUUGGUGGCAUCUUGUGCAUGGAAAUGAAACCUUGGUAUCUAUUCACCCUUGUUUUGGAAUUGGUCAGGCAGUCGAGGUAGAACCUCGACUAUUUUCGGGGUUUUAUUCAUUUUUUGUCUUAUACCCUUUUCAUUUGUUUGUUUGUUUUUUGUCUUAUUAGGUGCAAGGUAGAGUCCUCUGUCGUGUGAUUCUCUUAAUAUGUGGAAAGAUGGCCAUCUGCUUUGAGGCCACCAUUGCAAUGGCUUUGAACCUUCUGCUUUGUCUGGUUUAUAGAGAGAACAGACUUUUGGUGCUUUUACAUGGUCAGAAUAAUUCACAUUCUUAGAGAAUUAAGUGUUGUGUCAUCCUCUUGCCGUUCAAAUUUCCUAAUGAAACGCAGGAAUAUAUUUCUAGCUGAA